UGAUAAGAGGUGUAAUUCACAGACGACAUAAACAAACCCCCCUCACUCACACACAGGCAUUCAUGAGUACACACAACCCUAGAAAUAGACAUUUUAUCUUCAGUUAAUUCAAUGUCAAUGCAAUUUUCUCACUAUUCACACAACAGGUGUUAAUUUUAAUACCUUGAGAAAUAGAGAAGUUGACUAGAUCAUCUAAUGCAUUAAAAGAUUUUCUUCUGCCCUCUGUCUAACCCUCUCCCUCUCUGGUUGCCCCACAAUGGCAACCACCAUAGUUAGCAAUGUUCCCAUGGCAACCGGGAAACACUCCAAGAGAGGGAGAAAGUCGAGUUGUUAGAAUCACUCAUAUAGCCUACACACAAACACACACACAUACACUGUGCUUUACCAAAAAAACACUACAGCUGGAAAUAAGAGACCACAUGAACCUGUAACAUUUCAUCCAGGUGUCCUCUGAGUGAACAUAUUAAGCUCUCUUCUGUGUGUGUUAAUGUGGCAGGUUUAGGGUCAUGGCCUCCACAGGUGUGACUAGCCACCUGCCUCCAGUCAAGAGUGUGGUCGUCUAUAGGAAUGGAGACCCUUUCUUUUCAGGAAGGAGAUAUGUUGUCAACCAAAAGCAGAUUUCCACCAUGGAUGCAUUCCUUACAGACAUCACUCUCACUAUCGGAGCACCAUUGGCUGUUCGAACUCUUUACACGCCACGUUAUGGUCACCGGCUCACGGAUCUCACUGACCUUCAGCAAGGGGCACAGUAUGUGGCCGCAGGGUUCGAGCGCUUUAAGAAACUGGAUUAUAAGAAUGCAGGAUUGAAGAAAUCUCCAAUGUCCAGAGCUGCAGAAUCAACACAGACUAAAGGACUUGUCAGGCCUAAUGUUUCUGCAAAAUGGAGGAAGGUUAUUACUCUGCCCUGUAUUAUACAUGUAUUCAGGAAUGGAGAUAUCCUCAGUCCUGCCAUGCGUCUGAUAAUUUCCCGCCACAUGCAAAAGAAUCUAGAACAAAUACUGGGACUCAUUUCGGAAAAAGCCAUGCUUCGCACUGGAGCUGUGCGCAGGCUUUGUACUCUGGAGGGAAUCACAGUGACCUCCACAGAGGAGCUGGAGAGUGGACAGUGCUAUGUUGCUGUGGGAACAGAGAAGUUCAAGAAACUUCCCUAUCUGAUUUUAAUGAACAAAGCAAUGGGCAACAGUGCAGAUAGACACUAUGCAGGAAACAGAGGAUUACAGCAAAGAACUGAGGGAAUGAAGACAUUUCCUCAGGACAGCCACAGUGACUCCGCCCUCCUGGAGUCACCUGAGAGGGAGGGUAGGCGUGUAAAGUCCACAGGAGAUGAUGUGGAAGAAAGCUCCCAUCAACCUGUUAAGAGGAGAGGAAAAAGAGGCGAUAAAGACCAGAACUCUGUUUUCUACGCCAGACCCGUGAGAGUACGCAGACAUCCUCCCAAAUACAGACCACCAGCCAGAGCUACAACAGAUGAGCCCAGUGUGUUUAAGGCCUCUAAUAGGAAGAUGAGGGAGGAGGUUCGAGGUGCUGAGGAGGUUGCAGAGGAUGAAAACACAGCCGUUGAGCUGCCUGUUGACCAGAGAACAGCAGAAAUUGUGGAGGACGAGGAGCUUCCUGAAGAGGAUCUGUUUCACAAAGCCGAUGUAAAUCAUACACAUGAUUCACCUGAAGCACAUCCAUCUUCACCUGAUCUCCCUCAAAGGAACAAAGGGAGCGAGCUUACAGUGUCUAAAAGAGAGAAACAUCAGGAAAAUAUCUCGAGCAAUGAGUUUCAGCAGGAAACAAACAAACAUGACAAGUCAACCAGACGGCAUUCCAGAUCUUCGUCGUCAUCAUCUCCAGCAUCUUCACUCAGGGUCUAUGAACACAACUCGCAAAAUGAAGAAAUACAACAAGAACCUGCUGGCGGUUUCCAUGAGGAACAGACAGACCGGUAUGCACAACACCCUUUCCAGACUGAAGAUGAUGAGUGAGACACACCCUUCCUAAUCCAGAAAUAUGUUAUGAAGAUUAAGACUGUCAUGAUGUUUAACAAAAUUAUUAUGCAGAUAAACUUAUGUUGUAACCUGUGUAUUAGCAACGAUCCUACCACA